GCCGAAGCCAUGACCAAACUGGGAGAGAAAAUCCUCUGAAAUCUACAGGAAAUGCAGAUUCUGCAAAUCAAAGAGAUGAGAAACAAAGGAGUGGCAAACCGUUGGAGGAGGAACAGACUAGAAUGGCAGAAGCUAUAAAAAGGUACAAUGGCAGAGCACACAGCAUCUAUCUGCAGCAGGACUGACGAACUGCAAGCGUCUCAUUCAGUCCAAGAGAAAGGUUUCCACAUAUCUGGACUCGCCGUUUACUCUGGGAGGUUUGACAAAUCUAACGAACCCAAAGAGAUCAUGCGAUGGAAGCGGAGGCACAGAUACUGCAGUGUGAUCCUUUUCCUCAUUGCGCUUGUGUUUGUGGGAGGCCUCGUUAUUCAGGGUCAAUGGCCUAGUCAAGUCACUCAGGAGACGUUUGCUGCUCAAGAACUCCAAACCAUGAAAGCCUUCUCCAACUUCACCAUGACAAAUCCAGCUAAGUUGAGGGAGCUUGAAGAGUCCUCUUCACCACUAAAUUCAAAUGAAAAUGUCAUCUCAGCUUUGGAUGAAAGUCUGCAGCAGGGGUUGGAAAACUCCUUGCUUUCGAACAUCAGUUCAAGCGAAGAGAUGAGAGUGGCAAGGAUACUUAAAGAGGAACCUUACGAGUACAUCCUCAACGAGCCGAGCGCAUGUCUGCUGCAAGCACCUUUCUUAGUGCUUUUGAUUGCAGUUGAGCCCAAGAAAACCGAUGCCAGGGACGCCAUCAGGAAAACGUGGGCUAAUGAAAGCGUGGCUGGGGGUUUGGGUUUCGUCCGCCUUUUUUUCAUAGGUGUAAAUAAAGACACCCAAAGAAAUGGCAGUAAACUGCAGCACACAAUAGAGGAAGAAAGUCAUCGGUAUCAUGAUAUCAUCCAGCAAGAUUACAGGGAUACUUACAACAACCUUACCCUGAAAACGCUGAUGGGGAUGUACUGGAUCACAAAGUAUUGUCCCGAGGCCAAAUACGUCAUGAAGACAGACAGUGACAUGUUUGUCAACACCGAAUACCUCAUGGAAAAACUCCUAAAGCCCAAAGGGCAACUAACACAGAAGUAUUUCACAGGACUUCACAUGUCAGACUUCUCUCCAAACCGAAACAAAGAGAGUAAAUGGUACAUGCCCCUAGAAGUGUACCCAGGUAGACGAUACCCCACCUUUUGUUCUGGGACUGGAUACGUCUUCUCCGGUGAUGUGGCCCGAAGGAUAUACGUGGCAUCUCUGACCAUACCCAGACUGCAUUUAGAAGAUGUUUAUGUGGGUAUGUGUCUAGCUAAACUGAAGAUAGAGCCAACGCCACCACCAAAUCAACUGCUGUUCAAUCACUGGCGAGUGCCCUACUCUAGCUGUAGGUACAGCAACCUGAUCACCUCUCAUGGAUUUCAUCCCAAUGAGAUCAUCCAGUACUGGCAGCACCUGCAGAGCAACAAGCACGAUCCCUGCCAAACGACUGGGUAGAAGGUUCAAUAAACAGAUUUUGUUUGCUUUGGAGGUUUUAUCAUCAAGUUGUAUAAUUUGUAUAUACAUACCUGUAUAAUUUAACGUUCUGCCAAAUACAACAGAUUA